AGAGGAGGAGAAGGAGGCAGGCAAAGAGGCUGCUGUUGCUGCUGCUGCUGCUUCUAGAGACCGCGACGGAAGAAGGCAUCAUCGCGGCGAGACAGGACACAGGAGCAGGAGCAACCUAACGGCCAGCCCAGCCCCGCUUCGCCCAUCAGAGCCCAGCAGCCCGAGGAGGCUCCUGGGCAGCAGCGGCGCGCAGCGCAGGACUCAAGCAGGGCGCGCAGCAGAGCGGGUGGGGUGGAGACACGACGACGGUCUCUUGGGCGUGAGUGAGGAGGAUGAGCGACUCCAGCCUCAGACGGCUCCAGCGGGGCCACUGAAAAGCCGGCAGCGGCGCGCCUCAAGAAGCCAGCCGGGAAUGGCAGCGCCGGCGGAGGCUGAGUCCACCCAGCCCCUCACCCCGGCGCCGCCUCCUCCGCCUCCUCAACCCGAGAAGAAGAAGCUGCAGCGGGCGCCGUCCCCAGCCAGACCCAAGGAUGUGCCCGGCUGGUCGCUGGCCAAGAGCCGGCGCGGUAGCCACCCAGGCUCGCCCGCCUCUUUCUCCGGCAAGCCGGGCGCGGGGGGCGGGCAUUCGCGCCGCUCCGGGGGCGCCAAGGAUGGCCGCGGCGACAAGAAGGGCAAGGCCAUGCCGCCGACGGGGACGAGGGGCGCAGGCAAGGUCUCGGGAGGCCGAGCCGGGGCCAGGAUGAAGGGGCGGAGCCGCCUGGCGGUGGCCGGAGAGGGGGCAGCGGGAGCGUCCGGGACGGGGAGAGGGUCGUCGGCGCGCCCCCAGCGGCCUCCCGCCCUGAGCCUGACGGACAGCAGCUCGGAGGUGUCGGACUGCAGCGCCUCGGAGGAGGCCAAGCUGCUCUCGCUGCUGGAGCUGGGCGGGCUGAGCGGCGGCGGCAGCGACACCGAGUCCCCCCCCAGCAGCAGCGCCCCGGCCCAACCUGCCAGCGCCUCCGCGGAUGGCGUGUCCCCGCUGCCCGAGGACCCGUCGACGGCCGCCUCGCUGGCCAGCAGCCGCCUGCCUCUCAGCACCUCGCUGGCCUUCUCCGACCUCACCGAGGAGUUGCUGGACGCCGGAGUGGCCAGAGAGCUGGAGGAGCUGCGCUCGGAGAACGACUAUCUCAAGGAUGAGAUUGAGGAACUACGUGCUGAGAUGCUGGAGAUGAGAGACGUCUACAUGGAGGAAGAUGUCUACCAACUACAGGAGCUCCGGCAGCAACUGGACCAAGCCAGCAAGACUUGCCGCAUCUUGCAGUACCGGCUGCGUAAGGCGGAGCGCCGCAGCCUUCGUGUGGCACAGACUGGCCAGGUGGACGGCGAGUUCAUCCACAGCCUUGAACAAGAUGUCAAGGUAGCCAAAGAUGUCUCUGUGCGGCUCCAUAAUGAAUUGGAGGCAGUGGAGAAAAAGCGGAUCAAGUUGGAGGAGGAAAAUGAGGACUUGCGCCAGCGACUCAUUGAGAGUGAGUUGGCUAAGCAAGUCCUGCAGAAUGAGAUGGAUAAGCUGCGGGAGAAUUCUUUAAAGAAGAGAGGAUCACGUUCUCUUGGGAAGACAGACAAGAAAUUAUCUGUCCAGGAGGACAGCGCAGACCUUAAGUGUCAAUUGCAUUUUGCUAAGGAAGAGUCUGCUCUGAUGUGCAAAAAACUGACAAAAUUAGCCAAAGAGAAUGACAGUAUGAAGGAGGAGCUGACAAAAUACCGGUCUUUGUAUGGGGACCUGGAGAGCUCCCUCUCCAUAGAGGAGCUGGCUGACUCCCCUCAUUCCAGAGAGGCAGAGCUGAAGGUCCACCUGAAACUUGUAGAGGAAGAAGCCAACAUCUUGAGCCGGAGGAUAGUGGAGCUUGAGGUUGAAAACCGAGGGCUAAGGGCAGAGAUGGAUGACAUGAAGGGGCAAGGAGAUAAAGAACUCUUAGGACAAGACAUCCGGUUUGCCUUCUCCAUGACAAACUGUGGGGACUCUGGAGAGAGCAUGGUGGAGCUCAGGCGGCAGUUGCAGUUUGUAGAGGAGGAGGCAGAACUGUUGAGGCGCUCGCUGAUGGAGCUAGAGGAGCAGAACAAGCUCCUCAUGAACGAGCUCAAUAAGUACAAGUCAGACCAUGACCUAGACAUUACGCUAUCUGAGGACAGCUGCUCUGUGAUCAGUGAGACCUCCCAAGAAGAGCUGGCCACUGCCAAAGUCCAAAUCAGUGAGUUAAGUGGAAAGGUCAAGAAGCUGCAGUACGAGAACCGCGUGCUGCUCUCCAACUUGCAGCGCUGUGAUCUUGCCUCUUGCCAGACCACCAGGCCCAUGCUAGAGACAGAUGCAGAGGCUGGCGACUCUGCCCAGUGCAUUCCAACAUCACUAUGGAGAGAGGUGCCAAUUGGCGGAGAAAAUGAUGCUAAGGAAAGAACAGCUGGCAAUGGCUUUAUCAAAUCUCAUGAAAUGAGCCCCAGCAGGCUUCUCAGAUCCAAGGACUUUGAGACCCUCCUCGACAUCAGGGACCAGGCUGCGCUGGUCAGCAAAGCCAUUGACGUCCUGAUCUCAGAUGCCAAUGGCUUUACUUCUAGCCUCAAGCUCUGCAUGGACAAUGACUGUGCAGAACUGGUCCUGAAUGAGGCCAUGGAUAACGAGAGCACCUCUGACUCUAAGCUGAUCAGUGCCAUCUUGAUGCGGCUUGGGGUCCUUCAGCAGGAGCUGAACACCUUCAUGAGGAAAGUGGACCACAUUGGAGACUGCCUGAAAGACUCCCUGCCAAGUCCCGGCUCCCAGGAUUCCACAAAAGAAGCUCUGCGGAAAGGAAACAGCUCUGAAUUCCAGCAGUCUGACUUUAGGGAGGCCCCAGAGUGGGACGUCGGGGAGAGCAGGCCCUCCGAUCUCUACCGCAGCAGCAACAGCAACACCAUUGAUGUGGACCCCAACAUGGAACUUGAUAGGAGCUACAGGUCAUACCAACCAGAGGAGAAAGACUCUUAUGUAUCUGAGAUCAAAGAGUUGCAACUGGUUCUUUCGGAGGCCAACGAGAGCUUGAGGGGCCUGCAGGAACAGCUGUCCCAGGAGAGGCAACUGAGGAAGGAGGAGGCAGAAAACUUCACUCAGAAAGUCUGCCAGCUGAAGGAAGAUCACCAGAAGGCCCUCCUGAGGCGAGAAUUUGAGCUGCAGAGCCUGAACCUUCAGAGGCGGUUGGAGCAAAAGUUCUGGAGCCAGGAGAAGAAUCUUUUGGUGCAGGAAUCCCAGCAGUUCAAGCAGAAUUUCUUGCUUCUUUUCAUGAAGCUCAAGUGGUUUCUGAAGCGUUGGAGGCAGGGCAAGAUCCUACAGAGUGAGGGCAAUGACUUCUUGGAGGUGAACAGCAUGAAAGAGCUGUACCUGCUGAUUGAAGAGGAGGAGCUGAACCCCCAGCAACAAGCAGAUAACAAGACAUGUACUGGAGAUACCUGGUCUCCAAACACGCAGCCCAAUGAAUACAUCAAGACCCUGUCAGACAUGAAGGUGAUCUUGAAGGAACUGUGCACAGAGCUGCGUGAAGAGAGACGAGGCAUCAAUGAGCUGCAGCAACAGUUUGCCAAGGCCAAAGCUGCCUGGGAGAUGGAGAGGACUGAGCUCAAGUGUCUCAUCACACAGCUGGAAUCCAAGGCUGGGAAAAGCCUGACAGAGCAAGCGCUCUCUGACUGGAAAGCGGUUCUGAAGAGGGAGCAGGAAGAGCAUCAGCACCUCCUGGCUGAGUCGUACAGUGCUGUCAUGGACCUAACCAAGCAGCUGCAAAUCAGCGAGAAGAACUGGGACCAAGAGAAGUUGGAACUCCUGGGCCGUUUCAAGGAUGAACAGCAGCUGGCGGAGCAGCAAGUGAGGGAGCUGCAGAACAAAAUUAACCAGCUGCAGAAGGGAGCUGACCGAUGGGCUUUGAAAAACUCUGAAAUGGAGAAGCACAGCAGUAGCUGGAAAGAGACUUUCAAUGAGAAAAUCACAGACAAAGAAACAGUUUGUGAAACGGACAUCAAAGGAAGUAAUUUAAAAAGAACAAAGUCCGUUUCCUCGAUGUCUGAAUUUGAAAGCUUGCUUGACUGCUCUCCUUAUCUUUCUGGCAAGACCAGCUCUGUGAUCACAGAUAAUGCCCGCAGCAAAAAGGGGUCUCCAGUUACACAAGUGUUGCCUGACCCUUUAGAGGACACGACUGGAGUUGCCUCCAAGAACUGUGCCUGUGUCAAUAGUGAGCAACCUAUGCCUGAGAACCUCCCCACAGAGAAGCUGGAUAUCUCUUCAUGUGACUGCACCAGGACAAGCAGCUUCUCUGCCCAUGAUCAGACCCAAAAGCAAAUACAGAGGAGUUAUACAGCCCCAGACAGAACUGGGAUCCGUAUCUACUACAGCCCACCAGUGGUACGCAGGCUGGAGCCCCCACAAGUACACAACAGAGAGGAGAAGAUAAUGGUUGAGCCUGGAUUCCUUUUCACAAUGGCCAAGCCAAAGGAGGAGUCAGAAAGCUCAGAAGGCAUGUACAGCCGGUGGCUGUGCAACUUCUCCAAGCAGCACCGCGAUCUGCUUGACAAUGGUUCCGUUAGCGAGAAAGCAGUGGCACCUGUGCCCAGAUUCCCACCUUCCCUGCAUGACCUUGAGAUCUCUGGCAACAUGAGUGAUGAUAUGAAGGAGAUCACCAACUGUGUCCGGCAAGCUAUCCGCUCUAGCUCCCUGGAGAGAAAGGUGAAGAACACUUCUAGUCAGACAGUUGGAGUAGCCAGUGUCAGUACCCAGACCAUCCAGACUGCCAAUGUUGGUCUGCAGACAGACAUGCCCAGAGGCAGCAUCCACAGCAGCAAAAGCUGGUCCCCACGAAGCUCCUCCCUCAUGUCUGUGCGCAGCAAGCAGAUCUCGUCAUCUCUGGACAAGGUCCACUCCAGGAUUGAACGGCCCUGUUGCUCCCCCAAAUAUGGCUCUCCUAAACUUCAGAGAAGAUCGUCUUCUAAACUGGACAACUCCAAGGACCGAAGCCUGUGGAACCUCCACCAGAGUAAGCAAAAUGGGUCAGCUUGGGCUCGAUCCACCACCACCAGAGAUAGUCCGGUCCUCAGCAAUAUUAAUGAUGGUCUCUCCAGCUUGUUCAAUGUUGUGGAGCAUUCUGGGAGCACUGAGUCCAUCUGGAAGCCAGGAUGUCAGGAGAGCAAAGCAAAGCCAGAAACACCCAAGUACGGGAUAGUGCAAGAGUUCUUCCGGAAUGUGUGUGGCAGAACUCAGAGCCCCACUUUGACUCCUGAGAAGAAAGACCCAGUAGGAGGAGACAACAAUAGCAGCAAGAAGCCAGAUCAUCCUUCCUCAGCUGUGCUCCAGCCAUCUGAAAACAUCUCCAAGAUCCUUGACAAAAAACCCUUGAAGCAGAGCUGUAGCGAGGAACCAAAGCUGUCCACCCCAAGCCAAGGUGGCAAGGACAAAGCCUUAAAGGAGCCAGAUGUUAUCUCCGCCACUAUUGCCAGUGAGGAUGUUGCCUGUGACUGCAGCUCCCAGUCGCUGACUUCCUGUUUUGCUCGGCCAUCACGCUCAGCUGUCCGCCACUCCCCUUCCAAAUGCAAGUUGCACCCCUCUGAUGGCAGCCGGAUGGAAGAGAAAGCAGGGCUGAGUGAGUGAGAGGGCUGCACUUGCUGUCAUGCUGAUGGAAGAGCAACUCUGCCCUGGAGCCACCAGUCCCUUUUGGCAUCUACAGGACUGGUUACCUCUGAGCCAACCACAGCAGAGCUCCUCAGUGGCUCUGCUCUUAAGCUACUCAGAGCAGUAACGUGCAUCUCCUGCCUUACCUUAGCUCAGCGGGGGUGCUGAGCUGUGCUAUAUAGCCAGGGGACAGAGUGGGAGUUUUGCUGGGGUGUGUGUGGUUUCUUUUCACUGGAAACCUUUCUGCCCCCCUCAGUGGGUACAUGAUCUUCAAGAGCUGGACACAUUGCCAGAGUCUAGUGAAGCAGUCUGUGCUGUUUUCAUGGCACCGGGUGUGCAUGUGUGUGAAUGUGUGGCAGUUUCCCCCAUGGUCAGUCACCAACUCAAGGAGAUAAACCUCUCUCCCAUGUGAAAAGCAUCACGGCUAGAGGGAUCAGGGAAUGUUGCGAAGUAUCAAAGGAGCUGCUUGGCCCAGUCUGCUUUGGUCUGUGUGAAAGGAAACCAUAAUCCUUCAGGAAGCUGUAGAGAGCUGGUUCAGGGGCUGGCAUUUGCUUAAGGACUCUUUAAAAAACAGCCAUGCUAAAGGCCUUGAGGCAUUUGCUGUGGUGUACAGAGCAAAGAUUGUGGGAAGGGCUGUCAGUCGGCUGGAAACGUGCUCAUUUUGCUCCAAUAACAUUUCUGUGGAUAGUUUUCCUCAGAUAUGUCCAGCUGGUAAUAUCUGCAUUGUGGCAUGCACGGCAGUUAGGUACAGGUAUAGAAUGGGCCUGUAGGAGUGAUGUCAGUUCUUGAUAAAACAAGAAGUAGUGUUACUUCAUCUAACCUGCGGGAAGCAGCCAUGCAAAUGUGGCCUGUGAUGAAUUCCUAUCCCUGUGCAUCAAACUUCUCAUGGUUACUGAAAUGCAUAAGCGGAGCAGAGCCUUCCUCUUUAGGCUGCUGGUGUCAAUUUCCAUAGCUCAGAACAAUCGCUGCUUUGUCAUCUCAGCCUUUGCUUCUGUGCCUGGUGCCUGGCUGGCCAGGGCAUGGCUGAGCCAAAGAAAUUCACAAAAAAAGAGGGUACUAGAUCCUUCAUGUUUCCAAGCCCAGUCCCAUUUCUACUUCUCCCUGGUCUACACCGAGGGAAGUUAUAGCUAUUCCUAAAGAGAGCUGGACUUCUGGUCUUUACUGCAGGAGAACUCAGAAGUCUUGUGACCAACUGACCACUGUAAGAAUGUUUACUUCAAGGGGAAAAUAGCUCAGCAUAGAGGUGAACAGGACAGAUUCAACAGAGCGAAAAUACAAGGGAGACAACGAAUGGUAGAGCCUCUGUUCAUCGAUACCUCCUUCCUGUGUUGCUGUGGGAUUGGAAGUGGUGGGUUUGUAGUACAAGUUUGUUUUAUAUUAUAGUUCCUUGUAAGCCAGGUUUUCUUCAGAGUUACAAUAUGAAAAGCUAGGGGAGUGCUGGGUGGCAGCACCAAGAAUCGCAGGAAGUCACCUGGGAGCUUAUAUGUCUCAAAAUGGCCAGUUUCAUUGUGUACAGUCCCAUCACCGUACCGAGCACAAGGUGGACUAAGGAUGGUAAACUCCCCCCUGUCAUGCAUAGAAAACCUGCAUGUCAGGAAGAGAAUGCUUCCCCUGACAUCCUAACUUUUUCACAAGCAGAAACUCUUUGAGGUGAGAGAGUAUUUAAACACUCUUGCCUGCAUUCUGAGGUGGUGCGGUCAGAAGAGGGCUAAACCAUAUGUGUUUGUGUGUUUAAAAUGUGAACAAUGCCCCUCAGAGAAGAUCAGGGAGGAGUGUUAUUUGGGGAAAGUGUCUUCUGCCCUACUUCCAUGCCAGUAGCACAGAUUAUAGAUAUAUUGCUACUGUGAAACAGCUGGUAGGCAUAGGCUGCUGUCCAUGUACUUGUGCAACAAACAAAGUUGCACUAGUACAAGGAGCUCAUUUAGAACUGCAAAAGUGCAAGGAUUUUCUGAACUCUAUCUUGCACAAAAGCUCCCUGCAGAACAUAUAAGGCAAGCAACAGGUUGCACAGCUUGUUGCACUAGUGCAAACAUGUUUGUGCUAGUGCAGCACUAGUCUGGAAUACAAGCUCUGAAUUUAGCACAACUAGUUAAGAUGUCAAGUAGUCUGGAUGUCAUCCAUAGUCUGCAGAGAAUAGUAACAUUAUCCUGGCCUUCUCAUUCACUCAGACACAGAAAGACUUUGGAGAGCUGAAAUGAAUAUGGAGCUUCACAAAUUCAUAAAUAGCAAAUAGCCAUCUUCAUUGAUAGUGCCUCAUUUAGAACCUCAGUGAAUUUUGACUGAUUUUGAAUACACUGCUAUUUAUUUAUUAUUUAUUAUACUUUUAUCCCAACUUUCCUCCAAAGAGGUAAGGUUGGCAUACUUGCUUCUUACUCCCAUUUUGUCUUCACAGUGCUCUUGUGAGGCAGAGUAGGUUGAGAGAGAGUGACUGACUGGCUCAAGGUGAGCUUCUAUUUCUCACUCAUGUGAGAUCACAUGUGAUGGUGGCAAGUACAGAACAACCGCUGGUUCCUGCCAAGCCCACACUCCUGCUCCUAUUGCCACUUUACUGAUAUGAUAUAUGAACCCAGUGUUGCGUGGACAAUGUUGACAGUCCACCUUAGUCUGACAUUUGGAACCAGACAUUUGGAGUUGGCUUGACAAAGUUGGGCUGAGGUUUGUUUCUAACAUUCUGCACCCAACCCUGCUGGGUUCAGAUGUCAUGGAAGUGGCAGCAGUAGUGAGAGUGUGUGCUCAGCAGGAACCAGCGACUCUUCUAUUCUGACUUCCCUGUGUUUUGUGUAAAGCCACCCCAAGCCUUCAUAAUUCAUGUGAUGUAACUCAUGAGUUCCCAGUUCAGCUCAUUAUCUAAAUAAUUAGUAACAUAGCAAUAUAAACAUAUGUGACAACCCAUUUUUUAAAGUAACAGCUUGCAAACAAGAUGAUCUGCAAACUUUGCAACAUGUUUAAAUUAAAUAGACAGGGUUGAAUAUAUAUUGUGCUAAAAAAAUAAUAAUUCUACAUUCUCCACCAAGCCAGGUGAAUUGUGCAACUUGUAAAAAUUGUGGUAAAUAUUUUUGUUUUCUUUGGCUAAUUUAUUCUUAUUACUCCUAGUUAUGGGGAAGAGCAAAGAACUGGGCAGAACACUUGAAGUCCUGUUCUCUGGCACCUGGAAAUCCUGCUCAGCUCACCCUUUGCCUCCUCACAUUUCCUCAGAGUUACUCACACCGAUGUCCACAACUCUUUGAAGUCCACAAAUCUUCACUUCCUUAUAGGCUAGAGAUGAAUGAAUUACAAAAUAUAUACACAGCCUUGACUAUUGCAGAUUUGCACAAUUUUAUUUCAUAACAUCAGUCAAAUCUGAAGUGAGAUUUAAACAUUCAUUUCAGCUCUAGCCAUAAUAUCAAAACCAAAAAUGCAACAACUGAGAACUGAGGGAGCUGUUUCCACAGGUGUCUGUCCCAUUUUGUGCCCCAGAACAUGGUCUCAAAGGAGCAACUGUCCUGAUAAUUAGGAGUUCUAUUGCUGAUUAUUUUCCCUCACUAGGAACAUUUUUGCUGCUGGGAUUCGGUUAAUGCAGUUCACUUAUGACUAACAUGUAAGCAGUAGGGGUGGUCUGCCUUGGUCCUUCCUUUGAAUCUUCUCAAAUGGUCAGCUCUUAUCCUUUUCUUACAAAUCAGUAUUGGCUAGAAGUGAAAAAAAAUUGCUCACUUGGUGUUCCAGACCGAGCCGUUCAUACUGUUGUGGAGGGAUGAAUGAUUCCUUGGGGACUCUAGUAGAGAUGUCAGUGUGCUCUGUUGAUGACCCUUUGGAAGGCUGUUUGUUGUUCUCUUUGAGCGACAGGCACCCGCAUCUUCUGCGGUCUCCCUUGUUCUGAAGCUGAAUUGUGUGUCCAUCACAUGCCUCUUUGUAAUUAAAGCUCCAUGUUGCCAUUUCGAACAGGGUAGUUGCUUUAGGACAACAUGCAGCCUUACCCUGUGCAUGUUUCCUCAUGAGUAGGUCCCACUGAAUUAUAAAGCUUACUCCCAAGCUAGGUGGCCAGAUUUGGCUUUUAAAAAGCCAAAUUCUGGCUUACAGCCCAUUUGACCCACGAGUAUACCCCUUAGGUUCUGGCAACUCUGCCAAGUAAGUGUGCUUAGGAUUGUAUCCUAAGUGAGGUCAAAAAGUACAUGGGGAAAAUUCAGCCUACACAAUGUUUGUAUCCAGGAUGUCUCUUUUUAAUGUUUUUUUAAAGCGCAAAAAAUGAGGUUGGAAAACGUUCCUAGCUCUGCCUCCUGUGGUUAUGAUUGGCACUGGAUUUGUGGAACUCUCUAUAUGGCUUCUGCUGCCUACAUGGAACUGUUUUGCAGAACAGAAACUGGAAUAAUCUUUCUAGCCAAUCAAUUUAGGCUGAUAUCCUAGGCACACUUAUUGGAGAGUAAAGCCCCACUGGGACUUAUUUCAAGGUAAACUUGUAUUGGGUUGCAUAGUAAGUUUUUUUUUUUCCUGUCAUUGAGUAGCUUCAGAGUAUACUAGCCCUUGUGAUUAAAUUGGGGCAUGGUUAUUGCUAACUGAAGACAUUUCUCCCUUGUGCUUCCUGUUGUGAUGCCGUAAUGGGCUGUGUUAAGCAUAGACCAAGGGGUGGGGAAAACAAUGUAAGUUUAGAUCCUUGAUCUCCAAAGAUGUUUCUUUAAAUAAUGCUGUUCUUUAAAUCUGUGGGUAGGGUGGCAGGUGAGCCAGGUAGAAGAUUAGCUAACAUUAAAAUGUCUAUUGGAUUAUGGGACUGCAGGUGCAGAAUGACCAGCACUGUCCCUGCAUUACAGUCUGUGGGCAAGCUCCCUGUGUAUAGUAGGAAAGUGAGUUCAUUUUAAGGGGAAGCAACCAGCACAGCUCCUAAUGAGGAGCUGUUAAAAAUUCUGUUGGGACUGGAAAGGCUUCAGCACUUCAAGAAACUUUGCUGCUGAAUGCCUUCAGAUGUCCUCAACUAAAAAUCGGUAUCACUUGCAGAGGUUGUCACUAUUUGCCAGAUGCAUAUGUGCUGCAUAAUGGACAGGCUGUUACACUGCCAUACCAGAGAGAAGAAAAUCCUGCCUCAUAUUGCCAGGUAAAGGAUUUUGUUAGAGUCCGUUCCAAUGUUUCUUUGAUGGUGCUCACUUGCAGAAAUAAAAGUGCCUUGUGCGUUCCCCUUCAGACCUUUAUUGCAUGGAAUGGAGGCGUUUUUGCUCCUGUAAGUGAAUGCAGGAACUGGUUCUUGGAAAGUGCUGAAGGUAAAAGCCAGUAUAAUGUGCAGAGGAUGGAGCAUGAAGUCACUUGGGAGGUGCAGCAAGCACAUUAUAGCUCCAUGCACCGCUUAUACUUUAGGACUCAAGGUAUUUGGACCCUACCUUCAGGGCUGUGGGCUCUCAAGCUUGCUCAUACAGCACUGCCUAUUUAGCAUUGAUCCCAACUGCUGCCUCCUGUUCCUAUGUGGCUGAGCUGUUUCAUGUGGCAGGCCAGUGAGAUCCAUGCAAAUAUCACAUCUGUGGCCUUGUUCUCAGUCUACAUCCCACUGUGUAAGUGCUUCAGUUACUGCCAGCAAACAAGGAGCUUGUAGCAACUAGGCUGCGCCGUCGCCACCAAGCGCCUUACUGUUCCAGGGAGUUACUGUCUGCCUGGCUCUUGCUGUCUUCUAUCACGCACAGAGGCAGGUGGAGGCUGGGCCUGUUCUCAUCUGAAGAGCAGAAUGAGAAGCAGACACUGGCAGCUGACCAGCUUCCCAGCUUGUGGCUGGACAUGCUUUUCUGGGGCAGCCCCUUUGUGUCCCUUGCAUGAGUUUGUAAAAGAGGGUGGGCAGGAAGUGGGGUUAAACAUGCUUGCUAAUUCUUGAUGUAAAUACUUCCUUUUGGGGAUGGUUUUUAACAUUUUCAUUGGGAACUAGUUUUUUUUUAAAGAUUCUUCUACUUUUUGAAUUGUGAUUUUUUUUUUCAAUUUUACAAAUGCCUUUUAAUUAUUUGUAUAUUCUUAAAAGUUUCUCUUACUCUGUAAAUAACUGUGCUGGAUAGUUCGGAUUAUGGAAUUAAUUGAUGUUGGGAUAUUUAACAAAUUGCAGUCCUCUUCCUCGGGCAGGAUAUCCCACAGCAUCUGCCUGCAGCAUCCCCUUUGCCAAUAAUGCUCUUAUCACCAGUAUGUCUCAGUGCACACUGCAACUGGGUUUUUCCUUGGCAGAGCUGGUGGAAGGUUUCUGACUGAGCACAUCCUGACACAUGGGCAGUGUGUGAUCUACAACUUUUAAUAGAGUAUUUUAUCUCUGAAUCUGGAAGGACAGAAUAUAUAUCAACAAAAACUGGGUCAUAUUCAGCAGCGUCCUUUAUUCCGCAGCGGAUUGACCUUUCUAAAAAUUGUUUGAUCAGAAUUAAACAUGAACUAAUUCAACUGCUUAAGCUUCUCACCCGCACAACUUGCUAAGUCGGUCAUGUCCUAUUUUCCAGUUCUCCUUGUCUCCAAGGAAGGCUGGAGGUGCUGGUCUUUCUCCUUCCAUGCAUCUCUCUUGACUCUCAGCCCAUGACUUAUUUUGCUUACUGGAGAGUGCAAGAGAACACUGUAACACCCAGCAGCCCUUAUGUAGAGCCUUUUGGCUAGUUCAGGUCAUACUAAAGUCUGUCUAUCCAUCAUCCCUUACUCAUUUUCAUAUGUCCUGAGGAAUACUUGUAAAGAGUAUGCAUGUGUAUCUGUGUGCAGUAAUGCAGGCUCUUUCAGAGUGACUUGCAUGUUGUUUGUUGACAUGUAUUUGUUUUUUAACUCAAAGGAUACAAUUUUGAGUGCCAAAGUGUGUGUGUGUGUGUGUGUCUUUGUGUGUGUGUGUGUGUGUGUGUGUGUAUACAUACUUUCCUCUCCAGCUAAAAGUCAUACCCCUGCCUCUGAAUUUCCUGCUGUGGAUGUAUGUCUACAAGGGUAAAUAAGUGUCUGGAAUCCGGUGAGGGGGAAUAGCUUAUGCGGGUCUCUUUAGUGGAAAAACAACCAACAAGGAAAUGUUUAAGCACUUUUCCUGCCUCCACUUAUAUAGUUUGCCCUGGAUACUAGCUUUUGUCAGCAAGAGAGAGGUCAUGAGACCAUCUGACAAAGCUUUGCUUGCCAUUGAGGUGAUUCUCAUGAUCGCCAAAAAGCGGGCUAAGGGAGCCUAGCCCGCUUUUUGGCGAUCGUGUGCUGCCAUGGGAGCCGCGUGGCUCCUGGCAGCAAACUGCCAAAACUACCCCUCCCCUUGGCCAAGGUUAACGGAGCAAGUGCUCCGUUAACCUCGGUGUUCUGCUCGUGCAUCGCCACGUUCUGCUCAUGUUCUGCUCCAUUAAGCCUCCCUCAGUUAAAUGAGGAAGGCUCAUCUAAAGAAGGACUUGGCUACAGCUGGAUUUGGGAGGCACCUCCUCCUCUGAAGCAAGUCUUUUACCUGCUUCUGUAUGUCAUAUACACAUUCAUUUUUAUGAUCGGGUUUGUAGGUUUUUGAAGCACUAAAAAACUUAAAAAACAACUUUGAAGAAAAACAGUGAGGUUGUUUUUUUUAAGGAUGUGUGUACUGCAAGUGACACUGGCUGACAUGAUGAGGAUAAUUAAUCAAAAGUAAUCUCAUUGAAAUUAAAGGGACAAGUUAAGCAAUGCCUAACUUUUGUUUUCAGUUAUUUUCCUCAUCAUGUAGGCCAGGGUUUCUCAGGCCGUUGUGGCUAGAGAUGAUGGGAGAUGAAGUCCAGCAACAUUUCUAGAAACAAGGUUGGGAAACCCUGAUGUAGGCCAAACUGUCUUCAAGUUUCUGAAAAAGUCUUGCCUAUGCAGAGCUUGAAUCUGCUCUCUGUUUGGCUUGAGUUCCUCAGACAGCCUCCUGACUUAAACUGCGCUUUGUAUCUUUCAGAUAGCGCCCUCAUUACAUGAAGAGCGGUUUGCUACUUGUAGUAAAUGGGUUUUCAAAAUGACUUAAUUCGAUCUGUAUUCCAUGCUGGGUGGUUGUGAGGAGAAUGAACAUAUAGGGACUGCCAGCAUGAACAGAACUUCACUUUCAGUCUUCACCUUUCUGGCGCUUCCUUUUUAAAGGCCAGGAUGCCAUGGCAACUCAUAAGAAGCAGUGUUUCAAAGCUGUCCUAACACCUUCAUUUCGUCUGAGAACAUUUCAGAUGAUCAAGCUACCCCAAGGAAAAUCCUGUCACCUCCAGAGAGCUUGCUUUGUGGUCUGCAAGGUGGGUUUCCCCCCGUAUCAGAUACUCAUGUGUGGUAAAAUCUGGUAGAAUGUGAGGUAAAAUGCUCUGUAUGGUUUGAGUGAGUGGCUGGUGUGAGGGCUAACUUUUCCCUGCUUGAAUUUGGUGUUGGAUCCUUCAGAAGGGUUUUUGUUUGCUUGCUUAACUGGCUGAUACUGGGUGGCCUUUUCUUUGAAAUUCCAUCCCAGCAUUAUGCCCUGCUAUUGAAGCCUAAAUAGAGCUGUCAUUACUAGAACAAGCCCUGUGUUUUCUGCCUCCUGCUGGGCAUUUUCCACACAGGGCUUUUACCUCACAUCUCCAGAAUGGAGGGUGUGUGUUCACAUAUUGGCCAGAUUUACCCCCCAAGUCAUUGCGAGCUAUCAGGGAGUACUUCACACGCAAUUUGGGUUUUUCAUUGCACAUUAGAAUGUAGCCUGAUUUCUAUCCAAGGUUUUUUUUUUAAAUCCACUUUUUGCGUUGUUUUUUCCUCAGCAGUUUUGAACGUGAAGUAAAGCCUUGCAGUAAACUCAUAGUAAAGCCUGCUGUCUGAAAACCCUCCUGGUAGAGCUUGGAGCACUCACAGCUAUCUGCUUUUAUAGGGAAAGCCCCCGUCCUUUAAAAAAUAAAAUAAAGAAGAGUCAAGUAUCAACAGGUGCUCAUAUUUUGUCAUGCUGCCUGGCCGCUUUCGUAGAAGUGGCCAGGCAGUGCCUGAACUCCUGUUACAACCAGCCUUAUUCCCUAAAAGAAUGAAGGCAAGGUAUAAGGUAGCUUCCUAUGUUGGUCAUUACUGUCCCUUUGUCUUUCCAUUGCUUUUUUCUCUAGUCUGCCUCAUCUGUUCUAUGCUGCUAUUCUUCACUCUUAGCUCUUCCAUAGACCCUUCAUCUGUUAUUGGCUUCCAACCAUGGUUCUUAGUUUUAUACAGUAGAACCGCCGUAUUUGUGGAUCCACGAUCUGUGCUCUCGCAUAUCUGCGGUUGGGUGAUUGGUACCUGACCUUGGCAUAUGCAAUUUUAAAAAGGAUUUAACUGUGUAUCUGUGGGUUGCAGGCAGCCAGAAAUGACCUCUAUGAAACAGCCAUUCUGUGACUUGUUUACUGGGGGGGGGGGAUGAAAAAACCCCCCACUGAAAAAUGCUCAAAAAAUGGUGGUUUCAGACUUUGGGGUGACAUUGCUGGAUCACUGGAGGCUCGCAGAGAACGGUAGGGCCCUUUACCCUUUCAACUCUUUUUGGUGCUUUUCUGCCGAUUUUUUGGGCCUUCAGAAACCUGACCCCUGCUAUCCCAUUGGCCCAAUAAUCCAGUAUUUGCUGUUUCCGUAUCUGCGGUAAUAGCGGAGCAUAGAACCCCUGCGAAUACUGAGGUUCUCCUGUACCAUCCUCUAUCUUUGUUGGCUUGCUACACCAUCCAGGAAAUGAGCAUGUCUUUACCGUAUCCAUUCCACCCCUGCCAUGGUCUUUGUGCUUUCCAAUUCUAUUUGAUCACUGUAAUUCCAUAGCAGGGCUCUCAUUUAACACCUCCUUGUUUCCCCCCUAUCUGUGGCUUGUCUUCCUUUUCCUAUUUCCACUGUUGAGGCUUUGCAGCUCCCUUAAUUGCUCAACAAUGCAAUGAGCACAUUGAGUAUUGUGCUUCCUCAUCUCUCCAGUCAUUCCUUGGCCCCUUCCCUUCACUUAAUAAUCCCUCCUCAUGGCUUUGCAGCCCCCUCUCCCUGUUUGCUUUUAUCACUGUGCUUCCCUGUCUCCUUGCUCUAAUUUCCACCUCCAUCUGCCUGUUGCAUACUACUGUGCUUCUCAUUUUCAUUUUCAGUUUUUGUUCUAUUCCAUUUCCUAUUACAUCACCAACCCUAUCUCGCAUAUCUCUGUUUUUCUGACUUUUUUCUUGAAUCAUUCUUUGAGGCUAUUCACAAUUGCAUGCAAAACUGAAUGAAGGGAGCCCAGCCCGGUUUUGCAUGCGCUGGGAUUGGGCCUGAUCCCGGCAGCACCACAGUAGCUAACUACAGUGAAGCCUCCCUCUAAAAUGGGGUUAGGAGAGCGAGCGCACUCCUAACCCUGUGUUUUUUUUUUGUUUUAAUCAUCUGCCAUUCUGCAGAUGGCUGCCAGACUGCGAGGAGCCCGGGGAGGGGAGGGGAGGGGAUCCCCAUGAUGCACCGCACACUCGCAUGGUGCAUUAUGGUAUUUCUGGGGGCCGGGACAACAGCUCAGGAGGAGCAGUCGUCUGUGGGGAAGGUAAGUCUAGCCCACCUUUCCUGCAGCCUGCUCUGGAGCCCUUCUCACUGCUUGUGAGAAGAGGCUCUUUGUUUGCUGCACUCCAUCACUAUUUCACUCUUCAUGAUUCCUCACUCUUUAUGAUAUCUCAUUCUCUUUAUCCUUCAUCAUGCCCAGGCCAGUUGUGGAUGUGCUUCCCUUCAUUGAAAAGAGGCACCUUUUAAAAGUGAUGGCUCUCUUUUAUAUUUAGCAGGGGGAGAGCAAUUGUUCCUAUGCAUCCAAUCAUAGCAACUCUUGGUGGCUGUUUGUGGUGUCUCCCUUGUGUUUCUUUUUUAGAUUGAGAGUUCCUUUAGAACAGAGAAUCAUUUAAAAAAAAUAUUUUGCUGUAUUUAAGAACUUUUGUUGUUUAAAAGUGGUAAAUAAUGCUCUUCUAAGUAAUGAUUGAUUAAUUAAUUAAUUAAUUAAUUAAUUAAUUAAAAUUAUAUGAUGGUUGACAUACAGAGCAGAAAUGCACUGCAGCAAGAGAGCAGACUAACUAUUUCUAACUACCUCAGUGCUGUGGGGAAGCUGCAGUUCUUGACAUCCUUUCUCCAGGAAGCGCUCUGCAACCAAAAAUAUGUCCCUGAGAGUUGCACAGUCCUCAGGGACAUAUUUUUGGAGAAGAGGAGAGCAUCAAAAAUUGCCACUUCCCCCUGCACCUGUACGAUACUCUGCUCUGUAUGUCAGCCAAUAUAAUAAUAUUAAUAAGCUUCUUAGCACCAAUAUAUACAGUACUUCUCAUCCCCACCUUUUCUUUCACACAUACAAUAUCUACAUUUCAUCAGUGAUUUUUCCUGAUUCCUUUUGUUCAUUCAUCCUUUUUUUUAACCCAUUGUUCCAGACUCCCAUUUCCCCCCCAGAAAUUUUCAGUUCAUGCUAAUCUACUUGUUCAUAGGCCUGCAGCUGCUACCUCCAUUUUUCUCAUUUCUUGUUUGAUGUUUGAUCUCUCUACUGCUUCUUUACCUGUGAUAUUCCUUCAGUUUUAUUGAUAGUAAUCAUAUUCACACAAAGGGCUCUCUUGUAUCACUCUCUUGUAUGCAUUUUCACGUCAUGUCAUCUUUCAUUCAUCCACUUCAUUUUCCUCUUUCAGUUUUUAUCUUCUACAGUAUGCUGCUGCUGCUGUUCUAGAGGAAGGGUCGCCUCUCUGAACUUAGCCUGCAGAUGUAUCAGAACACUUGUUCACUGUUCCUUUCAGAUUCCCUUCAAGCAGUUGCUACUUUUUCAGCUUCAUCCUCUUUGUUCUUCACCUGUCUACGUUUCUUCAUCUCCUGGCCCGUGAUCAAAAGAAUCUCUGAUCAAAAGAAGAUGCCUCACUUAUUAUACUUCAGGAUGGGUUUAACAGUUGUCCAUAUCAGGCACCUUUGAGCUCUACAUAAUCUACGAGAGGAUUUUGUGUGUGCACGCUUUGCUUGCACAAAGGGCUGCAUUGUUAUGCUUUGCAUCACUCCGUAAAUUAUUCUUUGGCUGUGUUUAUGGUGUAGGAGGCAGUCAGGCAUCCUCUUCUCCCUAGAAAGCCACAUUCCAAAAAUGUGUCGUCAGCUCUAGCAGUUAGGGCUCAUUCUCAUGUUACAUUUUGUGUUGGGGGGUGAGCAUGUAGACCACCUUAGUACAAAAUGCCUGCAUUCUCUAUUGCUUGGGAGAGGUGUGCACAUUUAAAAUUAGGUGUGUUUCUUUAAAAGAGGCAGAUAUUAUGCCUCAGUCCUUUCUGGUUACUGUUGCAGAUGGGUUUUUUUAAAACAACACCACCACAUGCCUAAUUUGAAAGUACUGGAAACAAUGGGGUUGUUUGUGUCACAAGAACAGACUGCAGAUCUCUCCCAUCGCCCCCCCCCCCCGCUCAAGAAUCUGGUAGGGACAUCUUCUCUGCUGCUUUGAGUGAAGUCACUUCCUUGUGCCUUCCUCUCUUCCCUCUGGAUAGCACUUCCAAAUACUCCAGCUCUUCUUUCAAGAGGAACAUACCCAGUUAUUUCAACGGUUGCAUUCCUAAAAUGCACCCUGCCGUAUUCAAAAUAUUUGAAUUGCUCCCCCUGGUGGUUGCAUAUUCUAGUUUUGUGAGAACAUGGCAGCCAUGUGCCCAGUCAAUGCCUUCCCCUUGCAAAGAGGACUGUAAAUAUUCACUUUGGAUAUGGGGAUGUCUUGCCAGUGUUAUGGCAAAGGGUUUGGGCGGCAGGGGGGAGGGCACUGCUUUUCAAGUGUUUAGGUUGAAAUGUUAUGUCUUGACAUUUUAUUUAAAAGGCAAACGGAACAAGUUGUAGGAGCUGCACAAUGCCCCCAAGCUGGAUUUUUUUAAAACUCCAAAUUCUCAACACUUGUACAUGUUCUUGGGGCUUUUUACACUGAUUUGUUGUAGAAAAUGAAAAUUUACAAUCUGUUGAAAGAGCCAUUAAAAAACUUCUAUUAAAAA